ACCAUGGUGAAGUGCCGCCGUUCGCAGGGGGAGAGAUUUAACUGUCGCAGUGAAGUACGCGGAGGAGAGUUUCGAGGGCAUCUUUACAAUGAAGAACUUCUCAAAACAGACAGAUAAACUUUUUAAAUAAUUAGUGUGUAUAAUUAAGCGGUUGUCGCAAUGAAAGUCUAACAGCACUGAAUGUUUUAGCGGUCUGGUUAAAGUGUAAUGCCACCUGCUACAUGUAGACUCAUAGACUUUGCUUUAAGACUGAGAUUAGUAUGUGAAUUUAAAAUGCAUAAUGUGCCCAUAUAACCUACAAACUGUGACUUAGUUUAUCAUUAUAAUUAUUACGCAAACGAGGGUAUGAAGUUGAAUGUUCAGUGUGUUUUAUAAUGACAAUGGAGCAGAUUUGUAUUCGCCUGGUCAAACUUGAUAUGCUGUCCACCAUAAGAGCAUUAAACCGCUUCCCUUCAGUGAUCAGAUGUUGUGGACAGAGACAGGCUCACCGCCGUGCAUCCCUCUGUGCCUCUGCUCGGACUGAUCUCAUGAGGAAAAACUCGUCUUCCUCUCUGAAAUCAAGAGGAUACGUCACUGCUGCUUCUUCAUCUCUCUGUCUGAGAUCAAGAUCAGGACUUAACACCUGCGUAACUGCAUUCAGACCUCCAGCUGAUCGGGCGCCGUUGAUCAUUCAGCCCACGCGUGAGUUUCACACCUCAGGCAGACUGAGAGCUUUACCUGCACCCUUGAUAUGGAUGGUGCUGAAGCCUCUACAGAAGCUUAUGGCCAUCAUACUGGGCAGGAGCAUCAGAAAAUGGUGGUUGGCCCUGCCGCCCAAUAAAAAGCAGCUGUUUCGUGAAUGGACGUGGCGUCGACGUUGGCACUUUGUGGGAGCAGGGGCAGGACUGCUGUUCUUCGUCUCCCUCGUUUUACUCACUCACCUGGAUGAAUCUCCAGUUACAGGCAGGACCCGACUGCUGGUGUUCAGCAGGUACGACCUCAGUCGUGCAUAUAUGGAGGAGUUUAAGGAUUCUCUGAUCGCUCCAUCGGAUCCCAGGCAUCAGGUGGUGGAGCAAGCGGUUCGGAUUCUGGCCGAGAGAAACCAGGACAUUGCUGAGAUUUCCUCUGUCCCCUGGACGGUCCAUGUGGUGGACGGCCCCACAAUCAAUGCGUUUGUUUUGCCUAAUGGAAAUGUCUUCAUCUUCACAGGAAUGCUGGAGGCUGUAGCAGACAUCCAUCAGCUGGUAUUCAUACUGGGACAUGAGAUGGCUCACGCUCUGAUUGGUCAUGCAGCAGAGCAGGCCAGUUUGUCUCACGUGGUGGAGCUGUUGUCUCUCAUCCUGUUAACGGCGAUCUGGGCGAUCUGUCCUCGGGACAGUUUAGCAGUGCUGGGCCAGUGGAUACAGGGCAAACUAGUGCAGUUCUUAUUUGACCGGCCCUUCAGUCGUAAGCUGGAGGCAGAGGCGGACCAGGUUGGCCUGCAGCUGGCUGCCAAGGCGUGUGCUGACGUGAGGGCGGGCCCAGUGUUUUGGCAGCAGAUGGAGAUCUAUGAUCAGUUGAGAGGCGAACCCACCAUCCCCGAGUGGCUGUCCACACACCCUUCCCACCAAAACCGUGUCAGACAGUUGGACCGCCUCGUCCCUGAGGUAAAGCACACGAAAGCAAAUACAUGCAUCAUUAGACAAUGUUACAUGAGUGAAAUCUUUCCACGCAAACUGUAACAUGUACAGUGGUGUAUAGCAGCAUUAAAUUUAUGGCUGAGAUGGUAACAACCUUUUCAAAUGGUUAAGGAAUUGAUC